CACUGCUGACUGAGACAGCAGCUCUUGACAAGGUGAAGGCCGUGAUUGUUUUGCUCGUACCUCUACUGCUUCCCUUGGUCUCUGCUCAGACAUUUCGUUGGGGCCCCUGCCCAACACCAAUGGUCCAGCCAAACUUUGAAUUAAACAAGUACUUUGGAAAGUGGUAUGAGAUCGAAAAGCUCCCAGCAUCCUUUGAGAAAGGCAAGUGCAUUGAGGCAAACUACGCGCUAAGACCUGACAACACUGUCCAAGUUACCAAUGUUCAGACAUACAAAGGAAAAAUUAGUAAAGUAGAGGGCACAGCAAUCACUCAGGACCCGAGGGAGCCAGCCAAGCUUGGAGUCAGUUUCUCCUACUUCUCUCCCUACGCCCCAUACUGGGUCCUGUCUACUGACUACAACAGCACUGCGCUUGUUUAUUCAUGCACUGAUGUUCUCCGGCUCUUCCAUGUGGACUAUGCCUGGAUCCUGUCACGCUCACGCAUUCUGCCCGCAGAGGUCAUCUACCAUGCCAAAGAGAACCUCUCACGUAACAACAUCGACGUGAGCAAAAUGUUUCGCACAGAUCAGCAAGGAUGCGAUAGUGCUCUUUAAACAUUGAGGACUGAAAUAUAUAUUUUUGGUUUAGAAAAGUGCCU